AUGUUUCGUAGUCAAGUUUCAAAAUCCCUGCAACGUAUGAGCAAACCCAUCGGGUUGCGGUACGCCUCUAGUGGUGGCCGUGUGGGGCCCGGGUUCUACAGGACGGAGAUCAAGCGGAGGAUCCCGCAGGUGGCCUUGUGGGGCAGCGGGCUGUUCCUCGUGCUCGAGUGGCCGUUCUUCUUCAAGUGGUACAACCAGUGGGCGCACGGGGUGUGA